AAUAGUGUAUGUCAGUACAACACUACGCUGUCGGCAUUUGUUAAUUUUCGCAUUCUGCAUCAGAGGACUUUUCGUGUUUUGCUAGUUUUUAUUCAUUACCAUUUGUUUUUAACUCUAACAUAAUGGGCGUUGAUGUGGAAACUAUUUCACCGGGCAACGGCACCACAUAUCCUAAAGCUGGCCAAACAGUAGUCGUGCAUUACACCGGAACCCUGCAGAAUGGUAAAAAAUUCGAUUCUUCAAGAGACCGCGGCCAACCUUUCAAGUUUACAUUGGGUAAAGGUGACGUUAUUAAGGGUUGGGAUCAAGGCCUGGCGAAGAUGUCUGUAGGAGAAAGAGCAAGACUGACAUGUUCACCAGACUUUGCAUAUGGCUCCAGAGGGCACCCGGGAGUAAUCCCGCCGAAUGCCACCCUGUAUUUUGAUGUUGAGUUAUUACGGGUUGAAUAAUAUCUUGCCAUGAACAAAAAAAAAUGCCUUAAAAAUAAUUACAAGUUACUAUUAAUAUAAAUCUCAAAUAUAAUUUUAGUUUAUUUAACAUUUCUAUUUGGUUGACUUUAGAAUUGUGUUUGAGUAUAGUUUAUAAUUUGUUAUUAUUUAUUAUUUGAAGCUGAUGAUGUUGAGAAUCUACUAUGAUGUAAUGCUUAUAGACAACUUUCAGUAUAUAAUGUGAUUUGUUCAAAACGUAUUUUAUAAUGAAAUAUGACAUUUAUAAGACAAAUAUUGCAUUUAAUUUACAAAAUGUAAAUACUAUUCCAUUGUUUUAUGUUACAAUAAUUUAUAUAUGUAAAAAAAAAUUACCUAUACAAUUAUUAUAUUUUUGGGUGAAGGUAUGCCCCUUUUUUAUUUAAAACUAAUAAAUUGUCUAGACAUUAAUUUUAACAUUUUGUAUUUGCUAUUAUUCAUGAAAUAAAGCAAUGUUAAUAUUUAUUU